AUGAUUGUGACGAUUUUAAAAGUUGCUGCCUCAGCGGCUACGGUGACAUUGGCUGGUAGCUGUGGUCGUAAUAUGCUGCAAGCGUUUGAAUUGCGGAAUAGCGACAAUCUUCCUGAUUUAUCAAUCCAAAAACUUCCUUCCACAGAUCAUGCCAUGAAGACCGUAGAAGACUUGCAUUCGCUCAAUCGGCUGGAGCUUCUCUCCCUGUUUUCUUCUGGUGAAAUACCGAUAGAUCUCUCUGAUAUUGAGGGGGAAUGGGAAGGUGAACUUCUUGACAACAAUGGGGCGAUCAUGACAACAGUUUCCAACAUUAUGACCAAUGGAUUCUUUGCGCUUGGACCUGGAAGGACAUGGAACGGGAAACGCUUUGAAAACAAUGGAGUCACUGGCGUCAACCGCUUCUUCACGCAAAAGGAAAACAGAGGAGACACCAAGAUACGUUUUGACGUUUCCAUCGAGGAAUCCAAGCUAAACCCAGGUAAACCUUGUAUUCAACUAAAAUAUUUCAAUCAUCAAUCACCGAUCUCUCCAUGGAAGACAAUGGUUGAUGAACUGCGAAUGGUGCCAGGUACAAAAGAAGUAUUGUUGGGGAUGGGUUCAAUGGCGUGGUCCGGUGGAUCGGCAAAUUCCGCUCCAUUUUGUCUUCGUCGAUUGCCAAAACCAUCAAAAGAUUCGGCUAUGGAGGAAUUGUGA